AUGCCGGGAGAUGGGGGAGCAACUGGAAGGGCGAUGUGGGUUUGCGCGGUUCUUGCGGCGUUCCCAUUUCUAGCGGCGGCGGCGGAGGCGGAGGCGGCGGGGAGGUACCGCGCGGUGUUCAAUUUCGGGGACUCGCUGGUGGACGCCGGCAACCUGGUCACGGAGGGCAUCCCGGACUACCUCGCCACCGCGCGCCUGCCCUACGGCCAGACCUACUUCGGCUACCCCACCGGCAGAUGCUCCGACGGCCUCCUCGUUGUCGAUUUCAUCGCGCAAGAAUUCGGCCUCCCGCUGCUGCCGCCGUCCAAGGCCAAGAACGCCAGCUUCGCGCAGGGCGCCAACUUCGCCAUCACCGGCGCCACCGCGCUCGACACCGACUUCUUCCAGAAGCGGGGGCUCGGAAAGACCGUCUGGAACUCCGGCUCCCUCUUCACACAAAUCCAGUGGCUGCGUGACCUCAAGCCAUCGCUCUGCAGCUCCGCGCAAGAAUGCAAGGAAUUCUUCGCCAAGUGCCUGUUUAUCGUAGGUGAAUUCGGUGGAAAUGACUACAACGCCCCGCUGUUUGCCGGCAAGGACCUCAAGGAGGCAUACAAGCUGAUGCCUCAUGUGAUUCAAGGCAUCUCCGAUGGAGUUGAACAAUUGAUUGCCGAGGGGGCAAAGGAUUUGAUUGUGCCCGGAGUGAUGCCUUCAGGGUGCUUUCCAGUCUACUUGACCAUGUACACUGACCCAAAGGAAGGGCAUGGCUCGCGCACCGGCUGCCUUAAGCGAUUCAACACAUUCUCUUGGGUGCACAACGCAAUGCUCAAGCGCGCGCUGGAGAAGCUCCGAGAGAAGCACCCUGGUGUGAGGAUCAUCUAUGGCGAUUACUUCACGCCAAUCAUCCAAUUCAUACUUCAGCCCAAGAAAUUUGGAUUUUACAAACAAUCACCAAGAGCAUGCUGUGGCGCUCCUGGGGGCCCUUACAACUUCAAUCUAACAGCAAAGUGUGGUGAGCCUGGUGCUUCGGCGUGUGCUGAUCCUAAGACGCACUGGAGCUGGGAUGGUAUUCACUUGACAGAAGCCGCAUAUCGACACAUUGCCAGAGGCUGGCUUCAUGGACCAUUCGGAGACCAGCCUAUUGUACAAUCAUCUUGA